AUGCCCUGGAGUAGACCUCGGUGCGGUGUUAAACGGGGACCGAAGCCUUUUCCCGGCACCCGCCGUAAGCGAUGCGACCUCCGAGUUCCUCCCGUUCAACCUAUCCGUCAUAACCAUAGAUAUCCGAGGAAGCGGGAAAUAGAUGUCUUGACCUGGCUGGUAAAUCAUCGCGUCGCAGAUGCCCGCAAAAACGAGUUUGGCGAACCUCUUGCGCCCCGUCUAAAGUCGGGUCAGGAGCCUCUUUCAGAAGAACAACUGCGAGAGAUCAGGCCGUGUGCCAUAAUAGCCGCAUGGUGGCAGCAGAGGGAAAAAUAUCAUCCUCCCGCCGAGAUAGAGAAAUCCAGAUAUUACUUGAUCCAGUCGUCACAUCACAGGAAUUUUAAACCCCCUUCGCAGAACAAAAGCGUCGCACAGAACAGCAUAGAACCGCCCAGCUUACAGCCUACCUCGAAUGCUGCCACCCAAUCUCGCGCGGGUGUCGCCCACCCGCGACAAGCAGUCGUAGAGAUAAGCGAUGAGUCAGAGUCGGAUUCUGGCAGCUUUAUUAACGAUGGCGAUGAAGACUUGCCCGAUAUCGAAACCGCCAUUGCCAAUACCCGCGAUAUGGGUCAUGACCAAAUGUCUAAAGAUAUACGAGAGCUGCAGCAAAUUUUUGACGAUAGUGACACGGAUAUCAUGCUUAAUGCCAAUAAAGGAGCCUCAAUGGACCCGUAA